UGGUGGAAAUGGAUUCGUAGAAUAAUGAUUUUAAAUAUUGCAUUAGUUAUUAAGAGUGUAAUUCACUGACACUUUCAACACAACGAGGUUAAGAUUCAAAAUAAAAAUGAUUGAAAAAACACUAAACAACUCCUUUACAAAAAAAACAAACCGUUCCUAACAGAAAGUAGUCACCAUUCUGUCCAUAAAAGGCACGAAUUUCAACUCGCGCCGAGAUAAAUACUUCAUCUCUGACCCACAUAAUGGCGAUAUUUUAGGCGGAGCUCCGACUUGUCACAACCCGCUCCUCCGCCGAGCUCGCCCCGGUACCGCCGGAGCCAUUAGAGCCGCGUCGCCUUCCAUCUUCCUGCGCCAGAAAGCAGCCUCCUCUCCGGCCGCCUCCAUCGAUCUCCAUCGGGGAAGAAGAAGAAGAAGAGCUCCGGAGGAAGCCGAGCGAGGGAGGACGUUAACGGCCAGCGGGCACAUUUAAAGAAGUGCAUUGGAGUGGACGACGGCUUUUAUUCUCAGUCUCCCAGCUCUCAUACGUCAUCCGAUUUUUUUUAAUCAUACCCCCAACCAAAUUCUCCUUGAUUUGCACCUUCUAAUGCUUCUUGCUGGCCCUUUCUAAGCUACUGAAGCCAUGGCUGUGCCCUCAGCUCAUGAGUUUCACUGGCAGAGCUUGGCACGACUGCCCAACGGCCGUGUCUAUCACACUCUGACCGAGGUUGGGGGGCAGAUGUACAUGCUGGGGGGCUGUGAUGCUUCAGGGAGGCCCUGCCCUAAUGUGGAACUGUACUCCCCUGAGGGGGACCGAUGGAUAAGCCUGCCCUCUAUGCCCACUCCACGGGCUGGAGCUGCCGUGGCAGCACUUGGAAAACAGAUCUUAGUCGUUGGAGGAGUGGGGGAGGACCAGAGUCCAUUGAAGAUGGUGGAAAUAUAUAACACAGAAGAAGGAAGGUGGAGAAAGAGGAGUUCCCUGAGGGAGGCUCUGAUGGGUGUGUCCAUCACUAUGAAAGAUGGUCGUGCUCUGGCUGUGGGCGGAAUGGGUGCUGACCUGCUCUCUCGUAACAUCCUUCAACAGUAUGACUUUCGAAAAGACGUGUGGGCUCUGCUUCCUCCCAUGCCGACCCCACGCUACGAUGCCAACGCACAUUUACUGGACAACAAGCUCUAUGUAGCAGGUGGCCGCCAGUGUAAGCGGCCGGUGAAGGCGUUCGAGAUGUAUGACACAGACACACGCUCAUGGACAACGCUUCCAAUGCUGUCGUGUAAGUGUUCCUACGCGGGAGCGAUAUGGGACACUGCCGGGAGGCUGUGUUUGCUGGGAGGACUGCGGCAGGGAGGAGGACAUCAGAGCUCAAAGUUUACCAGGAACGUCAGCAUUUUCGACACUCACCGAGGUACGUGGCUGAAGUCGGAUGAGACGGUCGCCUUGAAGACAAAGAGAGCAGACUUUGUUGCCGCUAUGCUGCGCGACCGCAUGGUGGUAGCAGGAGGACUUGGUCAUGAGCCGUCUGCGCUGGACACGGUGGAGGCUUUCCAUCCUCAGAAGAAGAAGUGGGAGAGGCUGGCUCCAAUGGCGUUCCCCCGCUGCACGGCCUCCUCCAUCGUCAUCAGAGAUCGCCUCCUAGUAGUGGGUGGAGUUAACCAGGUACCCAGCCCAGCGCAUGAGAUUCUGUAUGUCAAAGAAGAGGAAUACCUGUAGCCGGACCCAGGAUGAAAGUGCAUCAGUAGGAGCGGCCUUCUUAGUCACACAGUAUUUGCAAUAUACUUUUAGUUGUGGACUAUCUGAGCCAACCAUGUGAAAGUGUUCUUUUCAUAGCGACCGCGUGAGACCACACUGCCAUCUGUCGGGCUGGAAUAACACUGCAGCCUGCAUGGAGACUCGGCGUCAAGAGCAGGGGUGUCCAAACAGGGUUUGAUACAUUUUCUACAGUAAAGAUGCUCAAAUCAAUCCCGUGUAGGUCAAAGUACGCUCAGCUGUCUGAACAAAAAUAUCCACAAAGCAGAUUAGGGCAUCAUUUUUCCCACAGGGGGUGUUGGGUUGCUAAAAGUGACUACAAAAAACUGAAGACAAAACAAAUACCGGUAUAUUUACUUAUAACUACCGUAUUUCCCGGACCAUAGGGCGCACCGGAUUAUAAGGCGCACUGCUGAUGAGCGGGUCUAGUCAGGUUUAUUUUCAUACAAAAGGUGCAAUAAUAGGAUAAUAGGGCGUAUUAAAGGGGUCAUAUUAUUUUUAUUUUUUUUGGUGGUCCACAUAACAUGUAAUGGUGGUUCUUUGGUCAAAAUGUUGCAUAGAUUUAUGUUUUACAGAUCAUCUUCAAGUCGCUUCAAGAUGCGCCGUUUUGUGGGUGGUCUUAUUUACGUGGCUCACCUUCGACAGCGUCUUCUCCCCGUCAUCUUUGUUGUAGCGGUGUAGCGUGCAAGGACGGGAGAGGAAGAAGUGUCAAAAGAUGGAGCUAACUGUUUUAAUGACAUUCAGACUUUACUUCAAUUAAUAACGGAGCAGCAUCUCCUCAUCUGUGGCUCACUAGUGCAACAACAAGGCCGGAAAUGUGUCCCGUGAAAAACCGUCCGACCGGAACUCUCUAUCAAUCAAUCAAUCAAUGUUUACUAAAGUUCCUUGGGUGAAUAAUGUAAACUCACUACACCGGUAUGUUUUAGCGCUUUCAUGGCGAGUUUACUGACAGAUAUAAGUAGAGAUGUCUGAUAAUAUCGGCCUGCCGAUAUUAUCGGCCGAUAAAUGCUUUAAAAUGUGAUAUUGGAAAUUAUCGGUAUCGGUUUUUUUAUUACUGGUAUCGGUUUUGUUUUUUUGGUUGUUUUUUUUUAAUUAAAUCAACAUAAAAAACACAAAAUACACCUACAAUUAGUGCACCAACACAAAAAACCUCCCUCCCCCAUUCACACUCAUUCACACAAAAGGGUUGUUUCUUUCUGUUAUUAAUAUUCUGGUUCCUACAUUAUAUAUCAAUAUAGAUCAAUACAGUCUGCAAGGGAUACAGUCCGUAAGCACACAUGAUUGUGCGUGCUGCUGGUCCACUAAUAGUACUAACCUUUAACAGUUAAUUUUACUCAUUUUUAUUAAAUACUAGUUUCUAUGUAACUGUUUUUAUAUUGUUUUACUUUCUUUUUUAUUCAAGAAAAUGUUUUUAUUUUAUUUAUCUUAUUUUAUUUUAUUAAUUUUUGUAAAAAGUACCUUAUCUUCACCAUACCUGGUUGUCCAAAUUAGGCAUAAUAAUGUGUUAAUUCCACAUCUGUAUAUAUCGGUAUCGGUUGAUAUCGGUAUCGGUAAUUAAGAGUUGGACAAUAUCGGAAUAUCGGAUAUCGGCAAAAAAGCCAUUAUCGGACAUCCCUAGAUAUAAGUAAGAACUUUACACUACUUUAUAUUAGAAAUGGCAACAUCGGAGGAUGAAUGUCCCACAACAAGAAGAUAGAGAAAAAGAAGAACCACGGACUACAAAGGCGGAUGCGCGCAAAUUUUCAGGACUUAUACAGAUCCCAAAUACAGAUCAGCAGCUACCAGAAGGUAAGAAAAGUUUCUUUUGCAUAAUAUUGCGAAACAAAACGCCAGAUAAUGUCUUACCUUAUACACACACCAUAAUAAUACUCAUAUGUUGAAGCACAGUACAAUCCAUCAAGCGGUUCGGCUUCAUAGCUUACCAAAGUCGUACUAAAACAUUUUGAUAGAUUUUUGAGCGCCGUGUGUAAUGUUCUAUAUUUUCAAUGGAACAUAUAAAAUGUUGGUGGUGUUUAAUUGAGUCAUAUUGCAGUCUACACGUAUCUCUUAUGUGCGGCUGCCAUCAUAUUGCCGUCUACACGUAUCUCGUAUGUUUGACUGCCAUCUACUGGUCACACUUAUCAUUUCACCAUGCACCAAAUAAAAUAGCUUCAAGGUCGGUAAGCAAAACCAGAAUUAUUCUGUACAUUAGGCGCACCGGGUUAUAAGGCGCACUGUCGAGUUUUGAGAAAAUGAAAGGAUUUUAAGUGCGCCUUAUAGUCCGAAAAAUACGGUACAUUUACUUCUAACUAUACUUCUUUUUGUCUUUUCUGUUUGUCAGAAGACAAAACCGUCUGGAGGUAAUAUCUGUUCGGCAGGGUUUUACAGCAGCAUCUGGAGCCUGUAUGUAUCCACUAGAUUUGUCACUAGAUUAUUUUUUUACAUAAGUGCUUUGAUUACUCGCUAAAUGUAUUUUUACCCACGAGUAAAAAUAAACAGACAACAUGCUUUUUUCCAAAAUACUGUACGUUGUUUGUUGCUUGGCCAAUGCUAACAGCGUAUUAAAUGCUGCAACAGAACCAAACAUGUUUUGAUUCAAACUUAACCAGUCUGAAAACUCUGUGAACACACCAACUUGUACCAGGUGAUGGCGUUAAAAGUCAUGGUUGUUCGUCUCUCGGCUGCUUCCUAGGCUAUUCGCCGUCUCUUUUUUAGCUUCAUAACCCGACUUCCUUGGGCUUUGCUUCCACGCUGGAAAUGAAAAAAAAUCUCCCCAAUUUUUUUUUUUCUUUGAAGCAAUCAUGACAGUUAAUGAUGCCGUACAUUUGCGCCAUAUUUUGAACUUGUUAAAGGGAAAAAAAAGAGUCUUGUAUUAAGCCAUGAAAAUACAGUUAGACUUCCUUUUUAUUGUCAUUCAAAUUUGAACUUUACAGCACAGAUAAGAACGAAAUUUCGUUACAUAAGCUCAUGGUAGUGCAGGAUAAAAAAGCAAUAAGGUGCAUAUAUAAAUAAAUAAAUAUAUACACUACCGUUCAAAAGUUUGGGGUCACCCAAACAAUUUUGUGGAAUAGCCUUCAUUUCUAAGAACAAGAAUAGACUGUCGAGUUUCAGAUGAAAGUUCUCUUUUUCUGGCCAUUUUGAGCGUU